GGUGCGUAGCGUUCGCCACCAAACAGUCAGCGAAACACAGUCUGUCACAGUCACUGUCACUUUAGUUUGACGCUCAUUUUGUUAUACGCUCAGCGCAUUUGCAUCGUCUUUGGUGAAUGCUAAGGUUUAUGUUGGUAUAAAAAGCAAGAACAGUCUGCAGUUAGUUAACAGUCCAAUUCGAGUGGGCAACUCCUAAAGUCAACCGUUCAACCAACUUAACUUUAGCAUCCAACUAAGCGACAAUAUGAAGAUCUUUGUGACUCUUUCGCUGACACUGGCCGCAUUGGCAUCCGCUGAUAUUUCUCUCCGCAAUGGCUAUAAUUACCAAGUUCAACAACAGCCACUGUUUACCGAUGCCCAACAACCAUUGAUCUCGCAGGUACUCAACUCGCUACCCCAACAGCAGCAGCAGCAGCAACAACUGCCGCAACACCUGCCAGGUAGCAUUAACAACCCAAUGCAAAUAACUCAACCCAGUCAACAAUAUCUGCCUGGACUGCAACAACCGGGACGACCAUUACCAUCGCAACAACAAUUACAGUCACUACCACCACAACAACAGCUUCAAACACUGCCGCACAUACAGUCACUACCGCCACAACAGCCAAUCGGACGUUUGCCACAAAACCCUUCAUCAUUGCCACCAAAUGCACUGCCGAUGCCGUCCAACUUCCCCACACCAGCAGGUUUCCAAGUACCCAUAGCACCUGUGAGCGCUAUCAAACAGUCGCGACGCCUACGACCACGCGUCAAGACACCAAAGAAGGCUAUAGUGACUAAGAAUUUCUUCAUACACUCAGCCCCCGAGGAAAAUGAAGAGGAGAUUCAAGAUGAACUCAAUCAAUUGGCUGCUCAGCCACGCAAGCACUACAAUGUGCUGUUCGUGAAGACACCCGCCCAAACUAGUAAGGCUGCUGCUGUGAAUCUAGCCAAGGCGCUAAAGGAAGAGAAGACUGUUGUGUAUGUGUUGUCGAAGAAGACUUCCGCCGUUGACUUGCAGGAUGCCAUACAAGAGGCGCCACAACACAUUAACAAACCCGAAGUGUUCUUCAUUAAGUAUCGCACACCCGAGGAGGCGACCAAUGCACAGCGUCAAAUCCAAUCGCAGUACGACAGUUUGGGCGGUACCUCCACCAUUACCGAUGAAGGUUUGGCGCCAGUCACUUCGGUUGUGGGUUCACUCGAUGCACCCGAGGAUGAAGAUGUCGGAGAUGAGCAACAGUUGGUUCAACAACAGCCGGCUGGUCAAGAUGGUUCAUACGAAGAUCAAUUCCCCAAUACCAUUAAUCCAUCAGCCAGCGGCCAGUACUUGCCACCCCUGAAUCAGUACUAAAGAUCUUCAUUUUGCUAAUGAAUGCUUCAUAUUAGUUGUUAUGAAUUUAUGUGAGAGAGUUCAAAAAAUUAUUCUAUAACUUUCGUUUGUUAAUCUAGUUUUAAGUUUGUAGAAAAUUAAGUUCCCAUUUGCAAAUAAAAGAUAACCUUCCCAUAGGUUUUGGAUGGAAA